AACAUGGAACAUCAAGACCCUGAUGUUGCUGAUGCAGUAAAGGCAUCAGGAGAGUCCACUCUGGAAAAGGCUACAGCAAAAGCUAAAAUAAAAUUUGACGAGUUUCUCAAUGUCUCACUUAACAUCGCUGUGACUGGAAGGACAGGAUCAGGAAAAUCCUCCUUCGUGAAUGCUAUUAGAGGUUUACAGGAUGACGAUGAUGGAGCAGCACCUACUGGAGUUACGGAAACUACAGCAGAGGCCACCAUGUAUGAACAUCCUGAAAUGCCAAAUGUGAAGAUCUGGGACCUGCCUGGAAUAGGAAGCCCAAACUUCAAAGCAAUAAAUUACCUGAAAGAUGUUAAGUUUGACACCUAUGAUUUCUUCAUCAUCCUUACUUCAGAGAGGUUCACAGAGAAUGACAUCAUGCUGGCUAAAGAAAUAAGAAAACAGAAGAAAAGCUUUUACUUCGUUCGUUCCAAGAUUGACAACGACAUAUCUGCUGAGAAAAAGAAAAAAGGAUUUGAUGAGCAGAAAGUUCUUUCCGUAAUAAGAGCUGAUUGUCAGAAGAACCUGAAAGACCUGGGAGACCCCAAAGUUUUCUUAAUAUCGUCUUUUGAUCUGGAGGAAUAUGAUUUUGAAUCACUUCAAGACACUCUUGAAGAUGAGCUUCCAGAACACAAGAAGCAUGCUCUUCUACAAGCCUGGCCAGUGUGUUCUGCUGCGUCUCUUCAGAAAAAGAUCAAGAUGUUUAAAGGGAUGAUCUGGGCUGUAUCUCUUGCUUCUGCUGGUGUAGCGGUUGUCCCUGUGCCUGGCCUAUCAGCAGCAUGUGAUGCAGGCAUGAUUGUGUCUUUCCUCACAAGAUGUUACUUUGCAUUUGGUUUGGAUGAUAGAUCACUGACAAGGCUUUCAGAGAAAGUUAACAAGCCCCACUUGAGAGAUUUGGCCAAAUCUAAAUUUGUUACUGCCAUCCGAGAAAAAGCAGUGGCCAGAUUUCAAGUGUCUGCUGCUCUCGCUACCAUUAGUACAGUUGAAUAUUUCUUGAGUCUCUUUCCAGUUGUUGGCAGUGCUGCUGCUGCAGGAAUAUCCUUCGGUACCACUUAUUACCUUUUGAGAGAAGGAGUAAACGAUCUGGCAAAUACAGCUCAAGAUAUCAGAAAAGAAGCUGGUCUCGCUUCUGUUCGUUGAUUUAUGUCCAACAGAGCAUGUAAAAGAUACAAGAAAGGGAAUCCACACGCCAAACAAAAUGGAAAGUACAAGAUCCUUUGAAUAAAAUUUCUUUCAAUGAAGAUUUACUUACCAAUGAUCCUGGCUGGCUUAUAGUGUCUGGGAUUGGGUCAUAAACUAAACAAAUUUAUAAUUUUAUUGACGCCCAUAUUAAAACUUUAGUAGUUCAGUUGCCAUCAUAUCUUACAGAUACUGGUGACCUUCUUGAAAUGUCACAUAAUCUAGACCUUUGAGAUGAUCUUUUAGGCAAUUCUUGAUGCUUUAGAGAUGUAGAGAAGGAGAAUUAUUAAUGUUUUUUUGACUAUAGAACAUGAAAGCAUUUUCUGUGUCACUGAGUAAUUCAGAUGAUGUGUGUUAAGAUUGUUUGCUGAUAUGGGGUUAAGAAAAAAAUAAACCAAAUGUCUGUGUUCAUAAUA